AUUCUGCUCCAGCUAAGGUGGUGAGGGCAGCAGUUCCUAAACAACGCAAAGGCAGCAAGGUUGGUGACUUUGGAGAUGCAAUCAACUGGCCCACCCCUGGAGAGAUAGCCCAUAAGAGUGUGCAGCCACAGCCCCACAAGUCCCAGCCUGCCCGGAAGCUGCCCCCCAGAAAGGACAUGAAGGAACAGGAGAAAGGAGAAGGGAGUGAUAGUAAAGAGAGCCCAAAAACCAAAUCGGAUGAGUCUGGGGAGGAGAAGAAUGGGGAUGAGGACUGCCAGCGAGGGGGCCAGAAAAAGAAAGGGAACAAACACAAGUGGGUUCCGUUGCAAAUAGACAUGAAGCCUGAAGUGCCCAGAGAAAAACUGGUCUCGCGCCCUGCUCGCCCGCCAGAGCCUCGACACACGCCUGCCACCCGCGGGGAGAUCAAAGGGUCUGAGCCUGCCACCUACGUGCCCGUGCCCAUGGCCCCCCCCACCCCAGCCUGGCAACCAGAGACCAAACCGGAGCCUGUCUGGCACGACCAGGAUGAGACAUCGAGUGUGAAGAGUGAUGGGGCUGGUGGGGCGCGGGCUUCCUUCCGUGGCCGUGGACGGGGGCGUGGUCGCGGCCGGGGACGCGGCCGGGGUGGCACUCGAACCCAUUUUGACUACCAGUUUGGCUACCGAAAGUUUGAUGGUACAGAGGGGCCUCGCACCCCCAAGUACAUGAACAACAUCACCUACUACUUUGACAACGUCAGCAGCACUGAGCUUUACAGCGUGGACCAGGAACUGCUCAAAGACUACAUCAAGCGCCAGAUCGAAUACUACUUCAGCGUGGACAAUUUAGAGCGAGACUUCUUCUUGCGGCGGAAAAUGGAUGCUGACGGUUUCCUUCCCAUCACCCUUAUUGCUUCCUUCCACCGAGUGCAGGCCCUUACCACUGACAUUUCACUCAUCUUUGCGGCCCUAAAGGACAGCAAGGUGGUGGAGAUCGUUGAUGAGAAAGUCCGCAGGAGGGAGGAGCCAGAGAAGUGGCCUCUUCCUGGUCCCCCAAUAGUGGAUUACUCCCAGACCGAUUUCUCCCAGCUUCUCAACUGCCCCGAGUUUGUGCCCCGCCAGCACUACCAGAAGGAGACAGAGUCCGCACCUGGUUCUCCCCGCGCAGUCACCCCAGUGCCAACCAAAACAGAGGAGGUCAGCAACCUGAAGACACUACCCAAGGGCCUGUCUGCCAGCCUGCCUGACCUGGAUUCUGAGAACUGGAUUGAAGUGAAGAAGAGGCCACGACCAUCCCCAGCACGACCCAAGAAGUCCGAGGAGCCCAGGUUCCUCCACCCGACCUCUCUGCCUCAGCAGCUGUCCUCUCAGCAGCUGAUGUCCAAGGAGCAGGAUGAGCAAGAGGAACUAGAUUUCCUGUUUGACGAGGAGAUGGAGCAGAUGGAUGGGAGGAAAAACACCUUCACCGCCUGGUCUGAUGAGGACUCGGACUAUGAGAUUGAUGACCGGGAUGUCAACAAGAUCCUCAUUGUCACCCAGACGCCACCUUACAUGCGCCGGCACCCUGGGGGGGACCGCACAGGCAACCACACCUCUCGUGCCAAGAUGAGCGCGGAGCUGGCCAAGGUCAUUAACGAUGGGCUCUUCUACUAUGAGCAGGACCUGUGGACUGAGAAGUUCGAACCUGAGUAUUCCCAGAUCAAGCAAGAAGUUGAGAACUUCAAGAAAGUCAACAUGAUCAGCCGGGAGCAGUUUGACACACUAACCCCAGAGCCCCCUGUGGAUCCCAACCAGGAAGUCCCUCCUGGGCCACCCCGCUUCCAGCAAGUCCCCACCGAUGCCCUCGCCAACAAGUUGUUUGGUGCUCCUGAGCCCUCCACCAUAGCCCGUUCUCUACCAACCACUGUCCCGGAGUCGCCAAACUACCGCAACGCCAGGACCCCCCGCACUCCUCGGACACCGCAGCUCAAAGACUCAAGUCAGACAUCACGGUUUUACCCAGUAGUGAAAGAAGGACGGACACUAGAUGCCAAGAUGCCUCGGAAAAGGAAGACGAGACACAGCUCGAACCCGCCCCUGGAGAGUCACGUGGGCUGGGUGAUGGAUUCCCGUGAGCAUCGGCCCCGUACUGCUUCCAUCAGCUCCAGCCCAUCAGAAGGGACACCUGCUGUUGGCAGCUACGGCUGUACCCCUCAGUCAUUGCCCAAGUUCCAGCAUCCUUCCCAUGAGCUGCUCAAGGAAAACGGCUUCACACAACACGUCUACCACAAGUACCGUAGGCGCUGCCUUAACGAGCGGAAACGCUUGGGUAUUGGCCAGUCUCAGGAGAUGAACACUCUCUUCCGCUUCUGGUCCUUCUUCCUCCGAGAUCACUUCAACAAAAAGAUGUAUGAGGAGUUUAAGCAGCUUGCUCUGGAGGAUGCCAAAGAAGGCUACAGAUAUGGUUUGGAGUGCCUUUUUCGAUACUACAGUUACGGCCUGGAAAAGAAGUUUCGGCUAGAUAUCUUCAAGGAUUUUCAGGAGGAGACGGUGAAGGACUAUGAAGCUGGCCAACUCUAUGGGCUGGAGAAGUUCUGGGCCUUCUUGAAAUAUUCCAAAGCCAAAAAUUUGGACAUUGACCCCAAACUUCAAGAAUACCUCGGCAAAUUCCGACGUCUCGAAGACUUCCGAGUGGACCCCCCCAUGGGUGAGGAGGGCAACCACAAGCGACACCCCAUGGCAGCAGGAGGUGGCGGCAGUGAGGGCAGGAAACGGUGCCCUUCCCAGUCUUCCAGCAGGCCCUCCACCAUGAUCAGCCAACCCCCCACACCACCCACUGGUCAGCCCAUCCGGGAAGAUGCCAAAUGGACAAGCCAGCACUCGGACACACAGACUUUGGGAAAGUGAAAAGCCCCUUAGCCCUGGGGUUUUAGAGAGGGGUGUGGGGGGGUUGGGUGAGAGUCCACGGGGGUGCCCAGUCCCAGGAGAGGGGACAGAGAAGGGACAGGCCUGGAGUCAUUAGGUUGGGCCUUUGUGCUGAGUGGCAACACAUACACCAUUUGGGCUAUCAGAGGUACCCCUGGGCAGGAGCCUCCACACACCCCCUUCCCCUCCUCUCUCCAUGACUCUUCUUCACAUCCUAGCUUCUUCUAAGGGGGGGAGGGAAAGGGGGGAGAUUUUUUAUAUAUAUAUAUAAAUAUAUAUAUAUAUCAAGUUUUAAAUUAUUGAUAGUUCGUCUGGAUUACCAAAAUCACUCUGCAGCCCUGCCCGCGGCUGGUAGGCCAUAGCCGUGGCUCCCACCCACAGCCUCCUGCUCCCCCUCAAGCCAACUAUGCAGCCCACGAGAAGGCCCUGUGGGCCCUGUCGCCCAGCACUGUCCCAUGGAAGGCUCUGGCAGCGUCUCUGGGCCCCACGAGCACUGGCCCCCUGACCAUCUGGGGCGCACCAUCACCAUGUUCUCCCCCUGCUGUCCCCACCACGCCCUUCUGCCAUCUUCUGGGAGAAGGAAACCAAAGGAUCUAGAAGUGGGGGUGGGGGAAGGUUUCAGCCUCUCUCCACUCCCCUCUCCCCAUGCCCCUUACUCCCCAGCCCAGAGAGACGCUGCUCAUACCAGAAAAGACUAUUGAAAGAUGAUUUAUUUUAUUUUUCUCUGACCUUUCCAUCCUUGGAAAAAAAUGGAAAAACAAAAAAACAAAAAACAACAAAAAAAAAAAACCAAAAAAAAAGACAAAAUCGACCAUAAAAGACCAAAAAAAAAAUCAGAAAACCCCCACCUAAUCCACAGAAAGUGAUGUCUUUCCCCUACCCUUGGAUUUUGUUUUGUUUUGUUUGUUCUUGGAAAUAAUAUUUUUUUAAAAGU